AUCAUUAAGUUCCCUAAAAAAUCGUAGAAUGAGAUCGGCUGAUAAGUAUAUUUUAUUCAAAGCUAUUGAAUUGGUGCUCACAACGGUCUGUCUGGCUCUACAUUUGGAAACAUCCGAAAAUCUGAAUCAUACCCUAUUAUUCUUAGUGGAUGGAACAUUCUUUGGCUUCUGCAUUAUUCCGGCUGGUCUCGUAAUUGCAAUGCUGGUCCGAAGGUACCUUAACGUCCUGGUUUACCAAUUCUAUACCCUUUCUGGUUGCCUAAGCCAUGCUGUUUGCGGAGGGAUUUUACUAGCUCACUGGACUCAGGAAGCAUAUGAUGAGAAGAAAGUUAUGGGAUUGACUGAGGCAUCCAUAGCAAUUGUCAAUUCAGUUAUCCUUGCAAUUGAUGGAUUACUUCAAUUUGUCUUGCCCUCCUUUUGAGUUUAGAGUUUUUAAGCGCAUUGUUACGAAUACUACAGGAAUUCGAAAAGAUUUAAAAUUUCAUAAUA